AUGGGAGAAAAGCGAGUCGCCGCUCAAAAGCUGAAAAACAACCGGGAGCGCAUCUUCCGCAGCAACCACACGGACAACUUACGUCUGGUGCUGCCUCACAUCGCUGCGCUAGCGUGGUCGUGGUAUAGCUUGUGCAUUCCGGCCCAACAGCUGGGUGAGCUUGUGGGGGUCACUGCUGUUGCCCCCUCCCGCAUGAGCGUUUGUGUGUUGGGCUUCAAUGACGGACUGGAUGCAUGGGUACGGCAGGCGAAGCGGAAUAUGACUCUCACGUGCGUCGUCCUCGUGGCGGGGACGUUGCUGGGUCAGUGUUGCGCCGGACCCGCUUUUGUAUCCUACUUACUUCCACCACAACUUGCACCGGUGUGGCUUGGCAUCAGUGUGAUGAGUAGCUGCAAGAGCCUUCUCGUGAACCAUUACUGCUCCUAUGCGGGCGCUUUUUGGCAUCCAGGACUACCCGCCGACGCACAGCAUGCACGGGGCUUUAGCCACGGCAGAGGGACACGAAUACAGACUGGAGUUUACGGGCGUGGACGUGGAGGAGCGGCGGGAGAUGUGGCAGAGACAAAAAAAGGCUCUGGAUUACGAGUGCAACAUGCCGCUCCACCGCAUUUUAAAGCACAUUGGCCACUUUGA